AUGACCACCACCUACACAAAUCCCAUCCUCCCCGGCUUCAACCCAGAUCCCUCCAUCUGCCGAGUUGGGAGCGACUACUUCCUCGUAACCUCGACAUUCGAAUACUUUCCCGGACUCCCCAUCUACCAUAGCAAAGAUCUGCUGAACUGGACUCUCAUUGGCCAUGUUCUCACACGAAGGUCACAGCUCGAUAUGAGAACGACGGAGCCAUCGGGUGGGAUUUGGGCGCCGACGAUUCGAUACCAUAAGGGGACAUUCUAUGUUUCGACGGGCUGCACGCAGAGGUUCAGGCCGAAGGAAUGGGACAUUGUUAUCCCUCGCGGCUUUUAUGUAACUACAACGGACAUCUGGACUGUGGGUUCAUGGUCUGAUCCGAUCCACUUUGACGUCCCAGGCAUCGACCAGGAUCUCUUCUUCGACGACGACGGCAAAGUCUACUUCUCAGCCGUAAACCAAAUUACCGACCCUUCCAUCACCAAACACGCUCUUGGUCUCGCCACAUUCACAGCAGAAAUCGACAUCAAGACAGGCCGUUGUUUGUCAGCCGCUAAAUGGAACUGCAUCUCAGAUUUCGGUAUUGGUAUCGCUGAGGGACCACACAUCUUCAAGCAUGGCGGGKAUUAUUACCUCAGCACUGCGGAGGGCGGCACAGAUGAAGGACAUCAGCAAUGGAUUCGAAGGAGUAAAGUUGGCCCUUACGGGCUGUGGGAAAAAGGACCCCAAGACACUAUCAAUCCGGUUAUUUACAACGGUGAUGAUGCUCAAGUACGGAAUACGGGUCAUUUAGAUUUUAUCGAGCGCGAGGAUGGAAGUUGGUUUGCGGUUUUUCUGGGCGUGAGACCGCAGGGGGAAGAUUCGAGUCUUCUUUCGUCUAUAGGGAGAGAGACGUUUUUGGCACCUGUUGAGUGGGUGGAUGGGUGGCCGAUAGUCAAUAGUCGGAAAAGAAUCGGUUUGCAGAUGCCGAUGGAUGGUUUACAGUCGGAGCAGAGGCUUGUGAGAUCGUGGCGCGAUGAUUUUCAAUCUACUCAACUCCAGCUUGGUUGGUAUCAUUUACGAACACCGUUGAAAAAAGAGUACUCCCUGGAAGAUAACCCCGCCUCGUUGAGCCUAUACGGAGGCGCUUAUCGAAUCUUUGACUCAGAAUGUCCGUCUAUGCUAUUGAGAAAACAGACGCAGUUCUCAGUGGAUUGGCGUGUUGGUCUCAGGUUCUCUCCAGAGAACAUCAAUGAAGAAGCUGGGACGGCGAUAUGGUGGUCUCAGUAUGCGUAUGCUUCGAUUGGGAUUCGGAGAGGAAAAAGUGGUUUUGAGAUCGCAUUUCGUGGUUAUGAUGAACAUUCGGAUGAUUUUCAGGAGAACACUUCCACAAUCUUUCAAUCUGUUGAAGAAAUUCAGCUCUUAAUCCGAGCUCGCCCGACAAAAUACGAGCUCCUCUUCUCACUUACUUCAUCCACCGAUGCCAGCACAGGAAAUGAAUAUACAAAAUUAGGCGAAAUCACCAGCUCCGCCUUGACAGUGCGACGAUCCGGCAAAGAGUCUCCCAAUACUGGAUCUCAUUUUGCCAUUUAUGCUCAAGGAGGGUUUGGGAAGCCGUGUCUCAAGCCUGCUGUUUUUACGUUUGCGGAGUGGAAGUGUGUUGAAUGA